GACUGCCAGAGUAGCAGACGUACCUGCUGUGGUUGGGGGCCGACUGGGGCCUUUGGACCCCAUGAGGCACCCCUGGGGUGUGUAGAGCAGCCGGGACUCCAGCACAAAGCUCACUGACCUGGUGAGUGCUGUGCUGGGCAGCCCGGCUCAGGCAGGCAGAAGCAAAAAGCUCCUACCAGCACCAAGCAGCAGCACUCAGUCAGCAUGGAGCUGCUGAAGAGGGCCAGGCAGCACAUGGAGGAGGCCGUCAAGGAGAAGAAGAUCUUCUCAGUGCGCGGCCCCUACCCCGUCAUCCGCAACCUGCUGCGGGCACGGGGCUGGGUGGAGAAGAAGUUCUCCAACACUGUCAGGGUGGGCACCCGCUCGGCGCAGCAGCAGGACACCCAGAAGCUGCUGGAGGAGGAGGAUGAGGAGGAUGAGGAAGACGGUGGUGAUGAGCAGUGGCAGGCAGCGCUGCAUCCACAGCCAGGGUCGGCAUCCUCCUGGGCUCAGCCUGCAGUGGAGAUCCCGGAGACUCCUGAGGAGGAGGAGGAAGAGGAUGAGGAGGAGGACCAGUGGGAUGAUGAAGACCCUGAUGGCAUCCACGACAUUAUGUCCUCCAUGGUGCGGGACCAGACGCCGACCUUGAUCUGGACCAGCCAGCCCAACGCUGUCAACUAUCGGCUGCUGCAGGACCACCAGGUGGUGAACCACUUCGCCGGCAUUGGAGCCUUCACCACCAAGGAGGGGCUGUGCGUCAACCUCCAAAACCAGCCCGGGUUCCACCAAGCGGAUCCCAGCAUCUUCUUCCCACGGUGCUACCGUCUGGGGGCUGAGGAUGAGCGCCAAGCCUUCAUUGAGGAUUUCCGCCUGACGGCAGCUCGCAGCCUGCUCAAACUGGCUGUGGAGAAGGCUGGGGACAUGCCAGGGGUGACGGAGCGACCUGGCAAGGGGGCAGGUCCAGCACCCCCAUCGCCCCCCGAGCUGCUGGAGGCCACGCUGCAGAUCUGCAGGAUGCAGCUGGACAGGCUGGAGCACCGUGACAUCGACCGAGCCUCCCCGAUGCUCCACUUCACUGACACCGACUGGGACUGCUUCCUGCAGGAGUACUACCAUGUGGUGAACGAGCAGGCCAGGCUGGUGCCCAGCGUCCUGCAGUGGGAGCAGUGCAGGGCCCUGCUGCAGCAGCUGCAGGCACGGCUGCCCCAGCUCUGCAUGGAAGGCGUCCGCAAUCUCUGGAUCAUCAAGCCCGGAGCCAAGUCCUGCGGUAGAGGCAUCACUUGCUCGGCACGGCUGGAGGAGGUGCUGGAGCUGGCGGGGAAAUGCACGGCACCCUCAGUGCAGCCAGGACAAUGGGUGGUGCAGAAGUACGUGGAGCGGCCGCUGCUCAUCUUGGGCACCAAGUUUGACCUGAGGCAAUGGUUCCUGGUGACUGACUGGAACCCGCUCACCAUCUGGUUCUACCGGGACAGCUACGUGCGCUUCUGCUCCCGGCCCUUCUCCCUGCACCGCCUGCACCGCUCGCGGCACCUCUGCAAUGUCGCCAUCCAGAAGCGGUGGAGGCCAGCUGGGGGCCGGCACCCCAAACUGCCCCGCGACCUGAUCUGGUCCAGCCAGCGGUUCCAGCUCUACCUGCAGCGAGCGGGGCACACGGAGGCCUGGGAGAAGGUGAUCGUCCCUGGCAUGAAGGAGGCGGUGGUGGCUGCCCUGCACAGCGCCCAGGAGCUGGUGGGGUCCCACAAGGGCAGCUUCGAGCUCUAUGGAGCCGACUUCAUGUUCGGGGAGGAUUGCCAGCCCUGGCUGCUGGAGAUCAACGCCAGUCCCACCAUGGCGCCCUGCUCAGUGGUGACCCGACGGCUCUGCGCCGCCGUCCAGCGCGACACGCUGCGCGUGGUCCUGGACCACAGGGAGAACCCCGGCUGCUCCACCGGUGCCUUCGACCUCAUCUACAAAGAGGCAAUGGUGACCAUGCCUCCCUAUGUGGGGCUGCAGCUGGUGGUGGAAGGCUACUCGCUAAUGAAGCCCCAGCUGCAAGAGCAACAACCCCAGGCCAAACUCACCACCUUCCUGCCUCUUGUCCCCCCUGUAGUACCCAAGUCCCCUGUGGUGCCCAAGCCUCCUAUGUUCCCCAAGCCUCCUAUGUUCCCUAAGCCUCCUCUGUUCCCCAUGUCCCCUGGGCUGCCCAGGCCUCCUGUGGUGCCCAGGUGUCCUGGAGUCUCCAAGCCACUUAUGGACACCAAGCCUCCUGUGGUCUCCAACCCACUUAUGGUCUCCAAGCCACGUAUGUUCACCAAGCCCCCUAUAGAGCCCAAGCCUCCUGUGGUGCCCAAGCCUAGGGUCAGAACCACUCAGCUCCCAUGCGCUGGAGAAGCACAGGUUGAGCUGGCUCCUCCAGAGCAAUUGCACUCCUGCUUUUCCUCUGGCUCUGUCCCCCAGGCACCACCACAGCCAAACCCCCUGCUCCAGUGGGCUCAUGUUGCUCUGCCCCAGUGUGGGGCCAGUGCCCUGGCCAGGGCACCCGCUCCACCAGCCACAGGCCCACCAAUGACCCUACCUGCAUGCCCUGGGCAGCAGAGCCGUACUGCAGGCAGGGGGCACGCAGCAGCGCCUGGGGGCAGGCAGAAGAGCUGUGAUGCUUAAGGCCAUGAAGGAAGGGACAGCGUCCUGCCCAUCUGAAGUGGGGCAACACGGCGACAACCACUUCCCCCUUACCCCGGGUGCAGGUGGAUGUGGAG